CUCCCUUUAUUUGAGAGACCGCAGGUGUUGCUGUCUGCUUCUGAGUGAGAGAGAGAGGAGAACACAGCAUUCUCAUCUCCCCCCUCAGGCUUUCCCUUUCUCCCUGUUCCUUGUCAACCCUUUCCUCCCUCCCGGACCAGCACCCAUCUCAAACCGGACAGACCCAAACCUUCCCGGACCCUCCACCCACCACAAUCCUUUGGGAGACCUCCUUAACUUCAUUCUGCUUUCUGAAACAGAGAUACUCAGUAUGUUUUGAUUUGAAGUGCUGAGCAUUGAGAGUAAGGAGGCCGCUACUGUGUCUGGUUGCACGCGUUUCCAAAAUUGGCUGAGCUGCAGAGAGACUGGUCAAUGAGCUAAAAUUCUUCAAGUGAAACCUCCUUCCAGCAACAGAUUUUAAAAGGUCUGCUUGAAGUGUGAAGGCACAAGGUCACAUGACCUGGAAGGGAAAACCCAAGGGGCCUUUGGGAUCACUCAGUGGUUGGCAACACUUUUGAUGUGACUUUCUGGUUGGCUGCUGUACCUUCCACACUCAUCUUCUCCCAGGGACUCCACUAUAGUGACCACACUCCGGUUUUAUCUCACCACACAAAAUGGAAUCCAAAGUCUCAGAAAGCGGGCUGAAUGUUACCCUCACUAUCCGGCUGCUUAUGCAUGGCAAAGAAGUUGGAAGUAUUAUUGGCAAGAAAGGAGAAACAGUAAAGAAAAUGCGUGAAGAGAGUGGAGCACGGAUCAAUAUCUCUGAAGGGAACUGUCCAGAGAGAAUCGUCACUAUCACUGGCCCCACUGAUGCAAUAUUUAAGGCCUUCGCAAUGAUUGCUUACAAGUUUGAAGAGGACAUAAUUAACUCAAUGAGCAACAGCCCUGCUACCAGCAAACCUCCUGUGACUCUUCGACUGGUUGUGCCUGCCAGUCAGUGCGGAUCACUGAUUGGGAAAGGAGGAUCCAAAAUAAAGGAAAUUAGAGAGUCAACAGGAGCCCAAGUUCAGGUGGCAGGGGACAUGUUACCCAAUUCGACCGAGCGCGCUGUGACAAUCUCUGGAACCCCCGACGCCAUCAUUCAGUGUGUUAAACAGAUAUGUGUGGUCAUGUUGGAGUCCCCACCAAAAGGUGCCACCAUCCCCUACCGCCCAAAGCCCGCCUCCACCCCCGUCAUUUUUUCAGGUGGCCAGGUAAGAGCCGACCCACUGGCAGCGUCCGCAGCCAACCUCAGCCUUUUACUGCAGCACCAGCCACUGCCUGCCUACACAAUUCAGGGACAGUAUGCCAUUCCACAUCCAGAUCAGUUGACCAAGCUCCACCAGUUGGCUAUGCAGCAAACCCCUUUUACUCCCCUUGGACAGACCACCCCUGCUUUCCCUGGUAUGGAUGCCAAUCCACAGGCCGGUACUCAUGAACUCACCAUUCCCAAUGAUUUAAUAGGCUGCAUAAUUGGGCGCCAGGGAACCAAAAUCAACGAGAUCCGUCAGAUGUCUGGAGCGCAGAUCAAAAUUGCUAAUGCCAUGGAAGGCUCAGCGGAGCGUCAAAUCUCCAUUACGGGAUCCCUCGCCAGCAUAAGCCUCGCCCAGUACCUCAUUAACGCAAGGCUGACGUCUGAGGUCACUGGAAUGGGCACCCUCUAAUUUCUACCCACCAUCCUUCACUGCAUCACCUGACCCUCCUGAGCCAAUGGCAUUGCACCUAGUUUGUUCUCUUUAUAUUCUGCUGUCCUGCAUUUGAGUGAUAAUUGCUUAUUUAUAUAAUAUAAUCUAUACUUAUACAUAGUUAAAUACCACAGUUCAGUGUCCCUUCUCGCAUACCCAGAAUUGUUAACAGAUGCCCCAUACCUGCUGGUCCAUUGUUUUGAAUAAGACUGUUCUUUUUUGACACUCUAGUACCAUACUUGACAAUCGUGGUCACUGCACUACAUCCUUUUUGCUGUACUGUUUUUCUAUUUGUGUUGUGUGCUGCAGACAUGAUUGCUUCUUCUUUUGCACUAUUUGGUGCAGUGUGGCAAAGAAUGGUGGUUUAAAAAAAUGAUACAAUAUUGCCCUACAAUAUUUUUUUUUUUUUUUCAAACCACAGAUAACCAGAUACCUUAUAGCCUGUAUAUAUCAAACAUACAUACAAAAUGGAUAGACAAGGCAUGUCUAUGUUGUGUAUGCAAGCGGGUAUGCACUGUAUAAGGGAUGAAGCCCAAUAAUUUGGUUUGUAUUUGUGUUCAUUUGCUUUUUCAUUUAAAAGAUAGCAAUCAGACCCAAGGACAUUUUACGUGUAUUUGGAAACAACUGAGCCCGGCAUAGAUUUUAUUCCCUAAAAUUAAUUAUCUCCUUGUAACUGUGAUGUGGUCAGUAUAGCAGCUAUAUCCCAGUGUAGCCUUGGAAAAAGAUACCCAUUCAGUGUAAGGUUUUAAUGUUGUGAAACUGGUCCCUUGUUAAAAAAUGCAAAAUGCCUUCCAAUAAGAAAACUGUAGCUGAAUCCCACAUUCUUGACUCCCCCUUAGCCAUUGUAUACAUACAGUAUAACAGUAUACCUACAUACACAAAAAGAUGGAAACAUCAGUGCAUCCUUUGAUAGAAAUAUUUAGGUGUUACCAGUUAUGAUCCUCAGUAGAUAUCCUGUACUGUACCAUAGCUUAUACAAUUGGACUAAACCAAAUGUUUUAGGGCCAUGGAAUGUUUAAGGAAUAUUUAGUCCAGAACCCAGGGAGGUAAGUUUUGACUUUUGUUCUUUCUUCCUACCUCUCACACAUGAUUGUUUUUCUUUUUUUCAUGUCUGCUUUUAUAACCAAUAGGAUGUUAUUUUCUUUUCAAAUAAGCUGCAUUGAUGACGAGCACUGAACAAUGUGUUUGCGAUGUGUUUGCUCACUGAGCUGGUAUUGACAGGCAGUGGCUAUGAGCUGUAAAUUGUUGGCUAGUAAAGUGACAUGA